CAAAUAUAGAAAAUAUGAAUCAACGCGAAAAUGACAUAACGCGUCCUGAAGUUAAAAGAAUUGUUACCCGUUCCGUCUCCAAAAAUCAAGCUCUCGUAGAAUUAAAUGAAGAACGACCUAAAUAUGAAUCGGAUGAGGGGAGGUCGGAUAACAAAGCGGGACGAAGGCAACCUGAAGUCACCAUUAAAAAAGAACAACCCAAAAUUUUUACAGUCCUGUUCCUCGCUAACAAACAAGAAGAUUCCGUCAAACCUAUCAUUGAAUUACCGAAAAUCGCCGAGCCUAAUGUUUCGGAUAAGUCCGAAGAAAAUCGGGUCAGGCCAACUAAAGCAUCUAUCUCUAAAAAAACGAUGCCACAAAAGCGUAUCAAUCACAAAAUUCUGUCUAAGCAAGAUAAACCAAUCAAAUUUGACAAUCUCGGAGAUGAAUCGUGCACCUUUGAAAAAUACAUGAAAAUCCAUCUUCCUAGAAUAAGAAAGGAUCACGAACAACUGUCGGAAAAAGAGGCACUCAAUGUUGUCAACCAACUUUGGAACAUGUC